AUGGCCUUGCUCAAGCACACCAUCGUACCCAUGGAACUCGUCGACACCAUGUUCGACGAGCUCGACGCCCCAUCGGAUCUCUUUUCUUGCUCUGUUGUGUGUCGUAACUGGCACGCGUUCGCCCAGGCGCGGCUCUUCUCUCGUAUUCAGCUCGAUUCCAGCUUCGGCAAGCCUCCUGUGAACACUGUACACAAGUUCCACCAGCUGCUCUCGGUGUCGCCGCAUAUCGCCUCCCACGUCAAGGAGGUGACUAUAUGCGUGCGGCCUCAUGAUAGAGACGCCAAACUGCCGUGGAUACUAUCUAGGCUUUCGAAUCUCAGGAGCCUAAAGGUCCGGGGGAGCGGUCGCGUCGUUUGGGAGAACCUGCCUCUGGACGUCCGGGAGGCUUUAGAGACAGCCAUGGCCCGUGUCCCCCGUCUUGAACUCAACUCGCUCAUCUUCUCCCGCGACAUGCAGAAUAUCUUCUCGUUGUUUGCCAAGUCAACGGUGUUAACGGAUCUUGCCCUGUUCCAGAUCCUUCCACGAACACCUGUACCCGUAGACACGGAUGGUCCUGUGACUCAGGGUAUUCGCUUGCGCUCUCUAUCCCUCACGCUCAAACCGGAAGUCCUGACGGAUACACUGCACGUCCUCAGGACUGGGACGGACGCGUCGGAACUUCGACAUUUGGCGGUCCAUACGUAUUCGUGGUGGGACAACAAACCAUUGCAAGAGUUUUUGAAGAUCCCUACUCUCGAGUCGCUCUCUUUCGCGCCUGCUUCUCCUCUUUCAUACAAUGAAUCGGUAACAUUUCCCCGCGUUCGUCAAAUAAGCCUGACGACAUGUGUUUUGUCUGAGCUUCCUUGGUCUCUUUCAAGUGUCGUCGCGUGGUGGACUGAGCUUUUCAGUCAGUCUGAUAUGAGAAUGCUUGAGGAGGUUAGUCUGGAGCUGGUAGCGAAAUCUUUGCUGGAUCUUGGAGACGAGAUGUGGGUGGAUCUCGAUGCUGCCUUGGUGCGGCUGCCUGUCAGGAAGGUGGUGGUGACCGCUAAACAUCCUCGGGUGAGCGCAAAGGCCAUCGAACACGCGUUUCCUCAGCUUAGGCGUGCGGGUGUGCUGGACGUAUCUGGGAACUGA